AUGAGCCAAAUUCCAAAAAGAGAUCCCCAUCUAAUGAAACGCGGAGCACUGGUACGCCGGCCUCGACAGCUGCUCCCCGGUGCUCGCCGGGCAGGCCGUCAGCCCCAGCGGCGGCGCCGCCAUACAGUUGUACGCGGCGCACACCGCCGCCGCGUCCGGCAGCGUGGACCCCACGUCCAUCGGAAACCCCGUCAAGUAGUUGUGCUGCAGGAACACCGCCUCCGCCCCCGUCAAGGCGGUGCUCACCUCCCCCGACAGGAAAUUGUGGCUGAGGUCCACCGUCGAGCACGGCCACGGCGGCGAUUGCGGCACGCGCCCCGAAACGCCGGGCCGGAAGAGGGACUCUGGGACGGGCCCACUGAACUCGUUCGCGCUGAGGUCCACGUAGGCGAGCUCCGGGAGGGAGUCCAGGCAGUCGAUUGGACCGCGGAGGCGGUUUCUAGAAAGGGAGAUGUACCGGAGAGCAACUGGGAGCCGCGGCGGGAGGUCGCCGGAGAAGGCGUUUACGCUGAGGUCGAGGUGGAGGAGCUGGUCGGGGAGGAGGUGGGGGAUCUGGCCGGAGAGCAUGUUGGAGGCGAGGACGAGGACCUUGAGGCUGCUCGCGGCGGGGAUCGACGGCGGGACGCCGCCGGAGAGCUGGUUACUGCUGAGGUCAAGGGUGUGGAGGCUGGGGAGUUGGAAGAUCCCGGCCGGGAUCUCGCCGGUGAGGCGGUUUCCGGUGAGGGAGACGACCCGGAGGCCGCGGAGGGAGGCGAGCUGGGUGGGGAUGGGGCCGGUGACGAUUCCGGCGAAGAGGAUGAGCUGGGUGAGGCCGGAGAGGCGGGCGACGGCGGGGGAGAGGGUGCCCGCGAGGCCGGGGGAGCCGGAGAGGCCGGUACCGAGAGAGAGGACGGAGACGCGGCCGGUGGUGGGAGAGCAGGUGACGCCGGCGAAGGAAGUGCAGGGGUCGGCGGCGGCGGAGGAGAAGUUCCAGGUGGAGAAGAAGCGGGCGGCGGAGGGGAUCUCAGUGAGGGAGUUCCUGAUCUGGAGGAGGGCGGCGAGGUCGACUGGGUCCACGGCGGCCGAGUAAGUCACGGCGAGGAGAAUGACACCGAGCGCCGGCAAUUAGUGAGUGAGAGAGAGAGGAGAAAGAUCGCCGAUAGUUGCCCGGGAGAGACGAACCCCGUUCGCGAACUGAAAGCCAAACUCUGGCCGGGAGCAACCACGCGGGUGGCCAGGUCCAUGAGCCAUGCCAAGAGACGCGAGGCCAAGCGUGCAGCCGACAACGACUGGGCGAUGACGCGGUGGCCAGGCCCGACGAAUGAAGGAGAUGCAAGACGAGGUGGCUCAAUAUUGUGA